GGUUAGAGCAACACAAGGAGAUUAGAGGCGUUGAUCAAUUGUACGCUAGCUGAAGAAGAUGAAAAGGAAUACAUCGUGUGUGCUGCUUCCUGUGGCCAUCGUGCUGGUGCUCUUGGGCUCGGCGUUGGCUCAGCUGGACACUGCGUUUUACAGCCGGACAUGCCCCAAGGUGGAGGAGAUCGUCCGCGAGGAGAUGGUGAGGAUCAUCUCCGCCGCGCCCAGCCUCGCCGGCCCGCUGCUCAGGCUUCACUUCCACGACUGCUUCGUCAGGGGUUGCGAUGCCUCCGUCCUCCUCGACUCUACGGCAGGCAAUCCGGCAGAGAGGGACGCCAAGCCUAACAAGAGCCUGCGAGGCUUCGGCUCCGUGGAGCGGGUCAAGGCCAAGCUUGAGGCCGCCUGCCCAGGCACCGUCUCCUGCGCCGACGUCCUCGCCCUCAUGGCUCGCGACGCCGUCGUGCUGGCCAAGGGACCCACCUGGCAGGUGGCGCUGGGACGGAGAGACGGCGUGGUGUCCAGCGCCACGGAGGCGAGCGACGAGCUGCCUCCGUCCUUCGGCGACGUCCCUCUGCUCUCCAAGAUCUUCGCCUCCAAGGGGCUGGACGUCAAGGACCUCGUCGUCCUCUCCGGCGCGCACACCCUCGGCACGGCGCACUGCCCGUCGUACGCCGACCGGCUCUACGCCUCCGCCGGCAACGGCGGCGUCGUCGACCCGUCGCUGGACAGCGAGUACGCCGAGAAGCUGAGGAUGAAGUGCAAGAGCGUGGACGACAGGAGCAUGCUGUCGGAGAUGGACCCCGGAAGCUACAGGACCUUCGACACCAGCUACUACCGCCAAGUCGCCAAGCGGAGGGGCCUCUUCCGCUCCGACGCCGCGCUGCUCACCGACGACACCACCAGGGACUACGUCCAGCGCGUCGCCACCGGAAUGUUCGAUGACGCCUUCUUCAGGGAUUUCGCCGAGUCCAUGGCCAAGAUGGGAAACGUCAGCGUGCUCACCGGAGUGGAGGGAGAGAUCAGGAAAAAGUGCUACGUCGUCAACAAAAGUUACUAUUAACACCUGAGCUCUCAAUAUGCUGUGUGAAGAAGAUGGCCAGAUUCUGAAUAGACGCGGGCGUUUCUUCCGGUUUAUCUGCAUGCAUGU